GGAGAGGCUGCGGGGCGCCGGGCAGCCCGGGAGGAAAAGCGCCGGGGACUCGCUCGGUUCUGUCUCUGUGCCGAUGUCCGACACGGAGACCGGUCGCUAAAGUCUUGCCUAAGCGAGGCAGGCGUGGCUCGGCAGAAAACUUGUUAAGAGAGAAGGAGCUGCCCGUUCGAAAUGGGUUCUUCUCGCGUUUGAGCUGUUGGAAGCCGGCGGAAAGUGAUUCGGGAGUGAUGCGGGAUGUCGGAAAGCUUAAGGUCAAUCGGCGUGCACGGAGGUUGUGAACUGUAAUUGCCCUUAAUGCUGUUUAAGAUUAACCUCAGUGGUUAUCGGCGUUUGUUGCAUCAGCACCGGAGGAAAAGGGAUUCGCGUGAAGAAGCAAACCCGAGAGUGAGGCACAGUCAGCCGUCAGCAGCUGGGCGGAAAGACUCCAAGCAGUCGUUCGGGAAUAUGUAUAACUAACAGAAGUGCACGGCUAGGAAUCGUGUACCGAAGCUAAAACAUCGGCAGAGGAGAUGUGUAGAUUUGGUGAGGAUAGAAAGAGCCACUAACAAAAGAACAAACAAGCAUAGUGGCGGAAGCAGAGUUUAUUGAAUCUACCUGAAGUCGAGGGUACCAUCAAUAGCAGAGCUGUUCCCCAGAGAAUUGCCAAACUAAGAAUAAAGUAAAGAAGUGUGAGCUCACGGCGGGAGCAAGCUGUGCCUUUAUGGAUCAGGUCCGUGAAAUGUUCGACACCUUCAGUUCCAGUAACUUCAGAAGUCCUCAAAAUAGACCAGAGCUGCCAUCCAUGUACAUGGUCUAAUGAAGUAAACAGAUAGGAUCAGGAAGCCCAGAUGUAAUCGCAGUUUGAGUCUAGAUGUCCCUAUUGCUAUGCAGACCUAGGGCAGAGCGGCAUGCCACUCUUGAAAACUGACAGACAGAGGAACAAUUUGUGCGGAAGCUGGAAAAAGGGGCAAGCUGCUGUGGUUUAUUUGUAUUAGGAAAAUCUAAUCUCCAUCCUUGUAAAGCGUUUCUAAAAGUGGAUCUGUUCCUCAGAAAUUGGAAAACAUCUACCUUUUGUUAUGGAAAGCCAGUCUGUUUGGUGGCUUACUAUUGGCUUCAACGCAAGCUAAUUAUUUUUGAUAUCCCUGUCACUCCCGACCACCUCAGCCGUGCACUGGAAGGAAUCCUGCCAUGCCAUGUACCGGCCCCAGCCCCGCUGCCAAGCACCUGGGGAGUCAGCUUGGGGCAAGGAGCCCUGCCAGCAGUGGUGGGCUGGGGACAGGACCCAUCCAGCUUGCCUGGCCCCUGGCAGGCCCCCCGCCCCAAAGUGUGGGUAAAGGGAAAUGCUGUCAGGGUGCCUGGGUGGUCAGCGAGCCAUGCAGGCAAGGGCAUUGCUCUUUCUGGGCUUCCCCUCGCAGUGGCAGCCUCCCUUCCCUUUUUGUCAAACCGAAGAGGGAUCAGUAGAUCAAUAGAUCUGCAGAAACCUGAGGACAUUACAGUAGGAUUGCACUGGGGUUCGUGGUACGCUUAGUGCUUGUAGGAAUAGCACUGCCUGGUAGGUAAGCACAACUUCUCAGACAAAUUACUAAACCCCGGGCAUUCUUUGUUUCCUCUGGUGCUGACUUUAAUUAAAAGUUGACCUAAACUGAAAUAUAAAUGAAUAAACCCCCCCCGUGCUGAGAAAUGGUUGGCCCAAUUAAUUAUGCUGUGUGCUGGAGAAAUGGUUUUAUUAUUAAUUGAAGACUCCUGGUUUGAUUGAAUUAUACGGAAUUAAGUUUUUUAAAUGAAGGCAGCAGCAGGAGCGGAGGAGACCGACGGUCAGGGAGCACAGAUCCAAAUUCUGUGAACAGCGGGGGGCUCAAUAUCACCUGGAGUCAGCCUGUUUCACUGAGCUGAAUGUUGAGAAAUGGUAAAUAAUGCCAGGAGUUCAGCUGGAAAUCACAGGGCCUUUCUGACUUGGGGAAAAAAGUAACUGCCAGCUUUCUGAGAUUAUAGGAUUAAACUGUAUCAGUACUUUAAAUGUGACUCAUGAACAGGGGCUUUCUGAAGAGAAUUACAUAAAUUUCCCAAGGUCUUUCUGAAUAACAAAUUGUUCCGAAUAAUUUCCUCAUAUUUAACAACCGAGGGUGAAAUCCUGGCCCUGCUGAGGUCGACAGCAAAACUCCUUUUGAUUUCAGUGGUUUCAGCAUUACACCCCUGGGAUGUGGGAAAUCUUUGGCUCUUUUGUGGUCAUUGAGACUCAAAGUGAGGAAACCUCUGCAGCUGGACAAGUGAUUUUCUGUCCUCUGGCAGUUCACUGCCCUUGGAUUUUUGUGUUUACCUCGCUUAGUGAGGAGCUGGGUUCUACUCUAAUUUGCACCGAUGCGGAUUUACAGUAUAUUUUUAGAUAUCUCUGAGCGAAAUCUAUCUUCUUGUCAAGGCACGUGACCCCAACCAUUUCUUGCCAUGUCACAGUACUAGCAAAUAGGGAACUGCACAAUUUGGGUCCACAUGGCAAUUCUACUUUACCCACAAUGCUAUCCCAUUUGCUUACCUGCGCUACAUUAAUUCAAUGACUUGGCUAUAAUUCUUACAAUUCUAAACAAGAACAGAUUAUGUGUCAUUUAGUUUCCAAAGGAGUCCAAGAAAACAGAAAUCUCAAAAACCUCCACAAUAAGGAAAGCAGGAAAAGCAAUACAGCAAAAUCCAAUAAACAAAAGUUGCUUUAUGAUUAAGGGAGGUAAUACAAUCUAUUCUUCUACGGAUUUGCACCUCUUGUCCUGUGGGCCAGCCACACAAAAUGCUCAGCUUUCUUCCAGACCUCUUCUCUUGCCUCUGCUGAGGGAUGGAUGGUUCGUGUUGGGUUGCCCAUGGUGUUUGGGUGACCGACUGCUGAGUUUUGUGCAUUUCUCCCUCAGUGGGGUUACCAGUUUUCACCAAGCAUGUAGGGCGCCUCUCCACCUCUUCCAAAAUUGGCUAAAAAACUGAGGAUGGCUAAAAAGGUGAAAGCAAAAACCACUGCUAGAUCGGUGUAUUUUUGUGGGAAAACUGCUAGAAAUGAAGUUCCUCCAUGGGUGCCCCAUUAACCAAAGCCUCAGCCAAAGUCUCUUUGGUUACACAGCUUUAUAUCAACAGGAGAUCUGACCAUAAACAUUGAAGAAUUAAAAACUUGUUGCUGAGGUCACGUGGGGACAGUUUCAGAUUUUAUGAGCGUAAAGGGAGGAAACAAUCAGCAUUACAUUUUUCAUUACUCCUUCCCUCUAUCUCAGUUUGUGCCUCAAAGCUCCAGAGCAUGUGUAGAUUUCCACAUUUCUGACAGUUCUGAUUGUGAACUGCUUUUCGGGACAUGUAACUGCUUAUAACAAGACAUUUUUCUGUCUGUUUGUGAAACUGAACGUGGUGAGCGUUUUGUAGCUGAUUCUGUCUUGGUUAGCAAACUUCAGCUUCUUCAAAACUCUUUAAUCUUUACUGAAUUGUAGCUGAGAUGAAGGUGUGCUCUGUCCAUUUCAAGCUGUGAUUUUGUGGUGGGAUAGCUAUGAAGAUAGAGAUAUUUCAGUGUUUUAAAUAAUAAUAAUAUUCCUUUGGUUACUGUUUUUGGUUAUUGUUUUAAAAUGCUGUCUUGAAUUGAGCCUGAUGUGAAAGCUUUUACUAGUGAUAAAAUUCUGAACUGUUUCUCAUGAGAGACUGAGGUACGCAGGGAAUGUGGGCUGAAGCAGUGCAAGAAAUAUAUUAUUUCACAGUAUGAAAUAUAUUUCUAGGAGAUAUUAUUUGCCUCUCUACAGCUGUUGAAAGGCUAUUCCUGUCUCUUUUUACUUUUCAGCAAAAUGAUGGUCCAACACACCGGCCAGGUGUCUGCAUUAGAAGUCAGCGCCUCCGCAAUUGUUCCCACCUUGUCUCCUGCAGGGUCACUGGGGUUUGAUGAUUUCACAAAUUUAACCCCAUUGGUGAAAGAGGAACUUAGAUUCGCCAUCCAAAACAAACGUCAGUCCCACAGGAUGUCUUCUACUUUGGAUACGGUGACAGUGUCUGAAAGGCCGAUGGAAACAUCAGUCAUGAAAACAGAGUUUUCUCCUGAAGAGGAUGAAAGAAAAAAGCGAAGAAGGGAAAGGAACAAAAUUGCUGCUGCAAAGUGCCGAAACAAAAAGAAGGAAAAAACAGAAUGUUUGCAGAAAGAAUCAGAAAAGCUGGAAACUAUCAAUGCGGAAUUAAAAGCCCAGAUUGAAGAGCUAAAGAAUGAGAAGCAGCAUUUGAUAUACAUGCUAAAUCUUCACAGGCCCACCUGUAUAGUUCGGGCACAAAAUGGAAGGACACCUGAAGAUGAAAGGAAUCUUUUUAUUCAACAGAUCAAAGAAGGAACAUUACAAGGUUAAGUGAUAUGGCAAAUGUGGAAAUAUUUAUAGUAUGUUUUAACAACUAUAAGCAACAGAAUCCACAGAGGAUCUGACUUAUGUGUAGGAUUCUAUUAGUAAAGAGCGUUUAGGAAGGGCAGAUCGCUUUCUUAAGCAGAAAGAAUCAUUUUUGGCUUGUCAGAGAUUCUUCCCCUCGGAAGAUCUGGUCUCGGUCAAACUGAAGAGCCUUCUGCCUCAUAAUAGGUUUUGCACCUGUCAUACAUGCUGUUCCUAGGAGCUACAGACAACAGCUUCAGAAGAUUUAGCUCUCUGCUAGUAUACAGUAUCUGCACUCACGACGUUUGUGCUAGAACACUAUGACUUCGAUGAUGCACAUGGUACAUACAGCUGUGCUGGAUGGACACUACUUUUCCUUGUGGCUGUCAGGGAAAGCAGACAGAGUAUUUUUAAAGUUUUGUAGUUUCCAGGAGGAUGGUUUCUGCCAGAAUGUACUGAUACGUAAUUUUGCAUUCUAACCUAACACACACACACACAAACACACAAAAAGCCUUUAGUUCCAAUUAAGCUUUGUAACUUUUUUCACAACACUUGUGUGGUUUUUUUCCUAUGACUCAUCUCAGAGACUGAAUUUGACAAGUCCUAGUAGGUGUGACGAAGGAAGGUUUCUUGCAAAAUAUCCACGUAGCUAAGAUGCUAUUUUAGGAGCUGGAACCCCACCUAUUAUCCUUUGGGAAGUACGGUGUUUCCUUGCAUUCAGGAGAGCAUUUUGUACCAUCACUUGGCAACUGGGUGAAUUGGACCCACUGGAAAGAAGGAAGUAGCAAUGAAGGGAUUUUGAUAUGGUUUUGCCCAAGCAAAGAACUGCAGGACUGAAUCCCAGGUUCAUGAAUCAUGAAAAGUUUAAAAAAACACCAAAAUCACCUGGGAUCUAAUCUUAGAAGCCUUAAACCCUCACUGACAGAAGAGGUUCCAUGGCCUGUAGUGAUCUGGUUAUACAGAUGGCUGUCAGGAAAAAGACGUAGACAAAGCUUUUUCCGUCCUUGUCAGGAUUGCUUCUUUUUGCCAGAUGAUUCAGAGGGAAAAAUUAUGAUUGCAGCUACUUUUAUUUUAUGUUUGAGUGGUAACUACAGUCAAUCAAAAGUGUUACUUAGAAUCUAAAGGAGACAAGAGUUCUGAUGUAGUGAAUAAUUGUUCUCAUUUUUUAUUAAAUACUAACCUUAGAUGUUUUUGAACUGGUAGAAGAGCUGCUGGACAAUACAGUUGGAGCUAUGAGUGUUUAAAUUCUGAUGUUUCUGUGAAAUUCUCAGAUUGUUUAAUCCUACAAAAUAUAUCCUUACAAUUUUUUUGUAAAAGAAAAUAUCCUUAUUUAUCACUAAUAUCAUAAUGAGUAAAGUUAAUAAAUACUGCAAGCAAGAUAAAACUGAAAACACAAGUGUUGUGCUGUCUUUUUACUUUCAUCUCUUGGUGUUUAAUAUUAUAUAUUCCUAAACUUCACGAGUUGCAAGAGACACCACUUAACCUCCAUCAUCUCCACAGAUGAGGCACUUGAGUAUCUUGAAUGAUUGAGUGCAGAGAAUAUACCUCUCAAAAUUCUAUAUCUUCAUCAAUGGUGUCUAGCUGCUCUGCAUCACAAUUUAAAUGGAGCUUACAGUACAUAAUAUUUUACACCAGUUAUGCAGUGUUGAAUUUGUAGUUUUAUUCUAAAGGCUAAACUUAAAGAUACCUCAGCCAUAAGCUUCUUCCUCUACAAGUUCUGGCUGAAUGUAUCAGAUAUCACUCCUGAUCCUUAAAUGAUCUUUAUAUUCUGCAACAGAACUUUUUAGUACAUUUUCCUAAGAUCUGGAUAUAUUGUAAUGUCCUAUAUCAUGUUUAAAAGCUAUGUACUUCAUAUAUCUGAAAAAUGAAUGAUUAAAAAGACAACACACUAGGUCUGAUUCUGUCCUGAGAAUCUGUUUUCUUUCUGUAAGUUGGAAGGAGCUGCCUUUGACUUCAGUGAGAUUUUUAUUAAUGCCCUGCAGGCAGAAUUUGGAGCCUCUGCAGCAGGGGGAGUUUCCUGGGGAACUGGGCCGGUCAUUCGUCAGAUGAUGGAUAUACAUCAAGUGUGUUAUCAGUAAAUUUGUCAAACAGUAUUCAUUGAUGUCUGACUUCUGUAGUAUGGGAGUACAUAACUGAGGUUUCAUGAUGGUAUUGUGCUCCUUGGCUUUGCCUUUAGCACCUCAGAUACCAGCAGACAAAAGAGUUUGCCUCCUAUGCUGUUAUAAAGUGUUCCAGCAGAGACUAGAAUGUAACGACACAGUUAAUGUCUCUCCUUUAGGGAAUCUGUAUGGUUGCUUUUAACCACAUCGCUGAUGACGCCGGCGUCAUGCUUUUGUUGCUUGAUGUUAUGUAUUUAGCAUACCAAAUGUUAAUAGGGUACCACUACUAUUGUCAGAAGAUAAUUAUUUUUAUUUCUUUGUAUGUGGAGUCAUAGCUGCUUUCUACUGUGUGUAUGUGUGUGUGUGCACGCGUGCUCCUGCACGCUACUGUAGAAGUGAUGGUACUCAAGUUGAUUUGACUAUGCCCAUGAAAGAGUGUUUGAACAGCUAGACAGGAGCAGUAUGUUGCAUGAGUUUUCUAAAAGUAUACGUUAUUCAGGAGAACCUUUAAAAUGCAUUAAAAGCAGUUUGUUUUCUAUUUUCAAGUUUGUUUUGAUACUUUAAUAAAAAAAUAAUAUAUAUUUACUUGCGUGUCAUUUAAUUCAUUCUCAAAUUCCAGGAGCAAUUUCAUUUGCUUAUAACAAUAUCAAGGUAUUAAAAGAAAACAAACAUGUUUUAUAGGUUUUCAAAAAUAAGCAUCUUACUAGCUGAUAUUGGUACUGCCCACUGAGUGUCAAGAUAUAAACAAAGCUUUGUUAUUAAAAAGUUGAUCAUGGAUUCCAGCUAAUUUCUCAUUCUUGGUCUAGGCUUAGAUUAAGGAAUGGGAAGUUAGAACUUAUGAGUCCCCGCAAAUCUUACAACCAACCAGCUGAUAGUUAUUUCAACUUUCCAGUUAUCUAAGGGACUUAAUACCUUUGCUUUGUGAAGUUUCAGUAUUUACAGAUUGCUCUCUAUGGUUAUGUGGAAGACUAAAGAAGCACAGUACAAUCAGGGCUUUGGUUUGUUUCUGUGUGUUUUUGUGUGUGCAGACGCGUGUGUGGAGAAGCACGAGGGAAGAUGAACAAAAUGUUCUAUCCUGCCUUUCCAAAACUAUCUGCACUCAGACAGAAGUCCCUGUGUUUUGAUAGCUGGUGGUGUGGACAAAACUUUUGGCUUCAGUCCUUUGCAAGUAAUCCUAGCUUGUACUGCAGAGAUGAGAUUGAAGGCCGGGAGCCCAAGGAACCAAGAAAUCCACUGCACUAUUACAAAAUCUAGUUAAAAAUUUCAGUUGGAAUGAAGGAAACAUCGAAUGCUUAUUCUUACUGGUACAUCUCUUUAAAGAUGUGCAGUCCCAACGUGUAUAUUCCCUCCCCCAUGUACAUGCUCUCUCAUGCAUUCUCCUAAACCCAUUACCAAAUGUUAUUUUGGAAAAUUUGAUUCACUUCCAAUUUCACAAAUCUUUAUAUCAUCUACCUGCCUAAUUUUAGAAAACCUUACCAACAAAAUUAGACUUAUGAAUUUCUGAGCUGAUAUUUUACAAUCUUUUCUCAUUUGAAAUCACCUAAUUGCACAAACAUCUGAUCACUGCGGCAUAUUGCUAAUAGAGUAAUUAAUAUUCCUUGAACAAAACAUGUUGUAUCUUCUCCUUUGGUCUUGUUUGAGACACUGUGUGUAUACUGGCCCAUGCAGACCUUAAUGCAUGCUCAUCUUUAUCCUGUACACUAAUAAGGAACAUGUUCUACUUUUUUUUUCUAGCUCUUCCCUUGAUAUAAAUGAAUAAAUACUAAUAAAAAAGGUAGGCAAAGCCAGUGAUUCAUGCUAGGUAUUCUUUUUAACAACACCAAAUGCUAACAAAUUUAAACAUAAAAUAACUUUUCUACAUGGACCCACCAAGAAUUUGAAAUUGCUUCUUAAGGAGGUGACACUGAAGUUGCUGUUAUUGUUGAUUUUACCAAAGAAACUGGAUAAGGAAAAUAAAACGCUAAAGCUGUUAGUAACAAAAAGUUUUAAAAGCUAAACCUACUUCAUCUUAAAAAAAACCAAAAAAGUCUAAAUUAAAAGUGGCAUCUGCACCUCUCGUCCUUUUUACCUUUUUUCAUUCUAUCCUUCCACCCAUGUGGCAGGGCUACCAUCAGUCUUAUUGAGUCUGGCCAUAGCCAUGUUUCUAUGUUUGCCCAGUGCCCCCAACUGGACACCCUGAGAAUCACAUGAUGAAAAUGUUGAAGAAUAUUCAUUUGUGUAGAAAUACUUAGCAGUGUUCCUCACUAGCUUAUCAUGGCAGCAGUGUCAGAUUUUUUGCUUAUAUAAUAGACGCCAUUCCUUUUUAAAGUGUAGUUAAGAUGAAGAGUGACAAUAUUAAAAAAAAUCUCAUUACUCAAGGCAGACCCUAUUGGACACUGAAUCAGAACUGCUGACUUCAGUAAUAAAAAUAGUCCUUUACUAAUUCUCAGUCAGAUCUUCAGAGCCAUUAAAAAAGAAUAUACCAGAUUCUAUUCUUGAUACAGCAGCAGGUCUGGCUGCAUAGCUUUACUACUGCUGACAGUGAUACGUGAACCAAAAAAAAGCUAAUGAUUUUCAGUCUCCAAGUUAAGCAUAUUUAAUCUGACACUAAAAAAAAAAAAAAGAAAAAUGAUUAGACCUGUGAAUAGAUUAAACAGAAAAUGGAAACGAAGUGGGAGUUGAUGCUGGAAUCCUUUUUCCCACUUUUGAGAAUUUAGCAGUUUAUCCACUUAGACUAUGGGCACGUCCACACAGCAAACAGUGUGGCGUAGCAAUGCUUUUGUACAAGCUAGCAGGGAGAACCACCCAGCGACGACAGCAAAAAUCUCAGCACAGGCUCGUUGGUGGCACUGAGAGUAUGGGAUCUCCAUGCAGCCAAAGGACCAGCUGCUCCUGGCAUCUGAGGUAGCUCAUUUACAGGCAGGUCAGGUAUCAUUCAGCUCGUCUGGUGAGAAUACAUCCCAGAGCUGCCUGCCUUCUUGACAAACGGCUCCGCAGGUUCAGCUCAGAGGUCCUUCCCCUGUUUUCUUCCUAUGGCAGUGAUCAGAAGCAGCCACUCAGGGAAGAAUGAGAGUAGGACAAGUAUAUGUGCUCUGGGUGCUUCCCCACAGACCGACCACGCUCAGCUUAGCAGUCACGCAAGCUCAACACAGUUCCUUUAGAUAGUAACCUUCAUCAGGUCUUUGUCUCAAUUAUUUACCUGCAAUACCAGCACCCACAAAAUGUUUUGGUGACAAGUUUUGUAGGCUUGACACCACUCAUAAGAAAGCUUUAUCUUGUUUCCUUUGACCCUGUUCCUUGCAGUUUCACCUGACAGACCCUUGCACAUUCUUGCACUGGAAGUGUUCAUGCUUGUCCAUGCUCUCCAAGCCACUUAAGAUUUUACACUCCAUUGUGAAGAAUGAAGAGUCCCAGCCUAUUCAGUCACUUCUUUUGGUAGCAAAUUUCACAUCCUCGAUCAUUCCUGUUACCCAGCUCUUCUGAGAAAGGCCUGUGUCUUUUCCAGGAGUUUAAGAUCAGGAGACCAUAACUAUAUAAACAGUAUUCAAGACAUAGCCAAGCCAUGGAUCAAUAUGGUGGGAUCUUGACGUUCACGAUUCUUUUCCUAACAGUUCCAGGAAUUUGGUUUGCUUUCUUUCUUUUUUUUUUUCUUUUUUAAACAACUGCCAAGAAUCAAACCUGGUGCAAGGGAACUAUCAACCAUAACCCUGAAGCCUCCCUCCUGAGAAAUAAUGAUAAAAUCAAGCCCAACAUUUCAUCAUUUUGCAUACGACAGCAGAGUCAAUUUUCCCUAUGGGUAUUUAACUUAGGAAUUAGCAACACAUAGGACUAGAACAGAUCAGUUGAUCUUCAUGAAUACCCCAGAAAUACCUUUUUUUUUUUUCUUUUUUUUUUUUCUUUUUGUAAUGGAAGAGCAUACGUGAACUUCACUUCAUGCUUUUAUCCAAACAGCUACUGCAGUCAAAACUGUCAAUCUAUUGACAAAUUUCUUGGUUAAGAGUUGAGAUUGGAACAAAAGAAAAUAGUUGGGGAGUAACCAAGUAUACAAUAUUCCCUCUGCUGACUGAGUGCAGCUACCUUUUGUUGGUUAGAACAGAGAUCCUUUCUCACCUGACUUGGAUAAACAUAGAUCUCUGAUAGUGGCAUGGUGAGAAACUUCCCCUCUUGCUUUUAUCUCCUACAACCUUCAAAAUUGAAUCACACAGGAUUUGCAACUUCCACAUUUGUAGCUAAUUCCUGUGGUUUUACCACGUAUUCUUGAAGCCCCAGAUCUGAGUUACACACUGUGGGAUGAGAAACUCAUUCCUCAUUACCAAAGUGAAAGCUUUAGAAAUAUUACUUAUUUCUGAAGUAAGAAGUCCAGAAACCAAAAGAAAAUAAAUGAAGAUUCAAUUCAUUAGACUGUUAAUGUUUCAUCUUUAGAAACAAAUGUUCUGGGAAUCUGGGGCUUGUUUGUUUGUUGGGGAAGGGGACGGGUCUAUUAAAAAGGAGUUCUGAAUGUCUGGAUUUGGUCACAUCACAUUCCUUUGCUGACAGAAAAACUAUCCACGGACCAAGGAAAGGUAGCUGUAGAAACUGGUGCUUACAAGGGUUUCCCAUGUUAUUUUCAAAGAAAAAAACUCCUCAGAAUGAAUAGCAAUAGAAAGGACAAAUUAAUUUCAAAAAUUUCCUGCCUUUCAAAUAAUACCAUGCUCCUCUGCAUUUAACCAAAUGCAGGGAAAAGCUCUCUGUUACUUUUAUCUGAAUUUACUCAAAACAUUUUUGACUCUUCUACCCCUUUGUGUACUUACCCCUCUGCUCCCACUUUUUUUAGAAGUUAUUACUCAAAUGUACAGAAUGUGCCAAAGCUGUUUUAUAGAAACAACUCAAUAGUUCCCCUAAAGAGAAGAGAAACUAUUCUACAGGAAGCUAAAGCAAAUACUAAAUUGCACAAAAACGUAUUCAAAAGCAGGAAAUGCCACUGUUGAGAGUGCAAGCAGAAGGUCAGUUCUGCUAUCUUACACAUGAAUGAUGGAAUAUCUUCUAAUUGUGUGACCCAGUAUUUCCAAGUAAGAUAACAUACCACAUUCUUCCUUCUCUGUGUGCAGUAGCUUGCACAGUUCCGUAAGCAACGUGGAUAGAAUCUUUCAAGAAUAUGUCUACAGAAAACACUACACAAAUAGACUUAAGAUUCUUACUGCCAAGCAAAUAGAUUCACAGAUAAUCUCAUUUAGGAGCUAUUUACUGAAGAAAUCUGCAGUUACAAAUGAACAGAUAACCACACACGUAGGUCUCCAAAAUAUUUGCAGGGGACUACAAUACAUCUAAAGUGUGUGCAGCACAAAAGCAUAGCAUAAUUGAUAAUUACUGUAAAUAAAUGCCUAAAUUACCAAAGGCGUUGUGCCUUCGGGAAAGUGAAUGCUUUGGCUGGUGACGCUUUCAGUCAGUGUGAGCCAAUGUCUUUUAAAAAAGACAAGCUCAAAUCCUCUUCAGCACAGGCAACAAUUCUGUACAAAGGUUUGGAAGGCGGAAUAAUAAAUACACUUGGGCCAGAAAAUGUCAUUGUGGCAGAAGACAAGGGUUAGAGUAAAGAAAAAAGUAACAACAAACCAAACAAGGGAAGUUUGGAAGUGCUUUCCAAAGAAGCACUUCUAGCUCCUCUGGUCCUCCUGGACACUGUGACAAAUAAUAUGUGAUAAAUAGAUGACUACUUACAGCAGCAUUUGGAAAGAGACAGAAAACUACUACUGAGCAUUGUCAACUGUUAGCCUCCAGUUCCUCAGUAUAAAGACCCUCACGUGCAGGCAGUCAGCCAGCCAAACUCCCACCCUGAGAUAAGAAUGGCUCCUUUUCCUUUUCCUUUGCCACUGAACCCUGGACUCUGAGAGCAGCUGGCACCCACUCCCAGGUGUCUGAGGGCGGGAGCUGUGCAUUGCCAAUGAGAAUCACAAAGGCCACUUGAAGGAAGAACUAGAUAAAAGGGACAAGUUUUCUGAGACAAAAGGAUGCAGGAAAGAACAGAAACGUUCCUAUGUUUGACUAAGGUGUCAGUGUAUCUAGGGCCAUAUCUGGGCAGCAGGAGGUCCUGUGCAAUGAAAAAAGGGUAUGAGAGAUCUGCAUAACUGUAAAAGAAAUGAUAAGGGCUUAGGGCAGGGGGAGAGAUCUGAUUUAAUUCCUUCUUUGGUUUCUCAUCUUUCUUUCCCCUCAAAACCAGAAACUACAGAUUAAUGACUAUGGCACAUAUGACACAUAUUUAAAUUCCAGAGUAAUAAUACUUUCCAUGCACUGAGAUGUGUGCACCAGACAAGGAAGACAUGGAACCUGACACAGGGCCAUUUUCCAACUCUUCCCAAAAACACAUCACGACCAUUUAAAGAAACUUGGAGUAGUUCUCCCUUCAUCCCCAGCCAGAUACUUUUACAUUUGAUUGUCUUUCAAUUUUGAUCACUUGUACAACCAGCCCUACCAGCAUUCACGGUUAUUGGAACACUUAUUUAGUGACAAUUUUCUGAAGUACAGAGAAAACACUACUAGCUCAGAAACUGCAAGGCAAAUAUUACAUGCUGGAAACUGGAUUCAAAAAGCUGACCUGUCACAAGCACAAAUAUAGAAAAAGUUAGAUUCUUCAAAAGUGACCCCUUCCCUCCAUAUGUUAUGAGACAUACGCCAUAGGUCUCUGUUCUUUUUGCCAAACCCCAGUUUUGUUAUUCACAGGCAUACACAUAUAUAGUCAGUGUCCUAUGCUGAGAGGAUAUCCAGUUAUGUCUGGCAUUUCAGGCUGUUCCUUAAGUAGGAAAGCAUUAGUCUGCUACUUCUUUGCAUGUGAAGGAAAGAGAAAUAUGAAUGUCCCAAGGUCUGGAGAAAAUACCCUAUCAAAAAAAACCCUGUUAUCUUGAUAAAGAACCCUGCGGUUCUAAAGAGAACAUACUGUGCCUCCAGCCCAACCUCUGCCAUCUGCAAUCUGCACAGCCAUCACGGAAGAAACAUUUGGGAGUGAGCCUUCUAAAUACAUACACAGCUGCCACAUGUGUGUGCUCUCAGCAUGAACGCCACGUCAGAUCCUGACAGAUAGCAAAGCAGAGUCCUGCUCAGGGCACAUCGCAAGAGCUGUGGGUCUGCACAACCAUGGAUUGUAGAACCUGAUGUCUGUGCAUGCCUAGGUGAACAGAAGUGAAGGCUUAGGCAGCAGAAAGCUGAAACUGUCAUGACUUCAAUAGUGCUUAAAUCCUUCCAAUUUCAAGUAACUAAAAUUCAAGAACUAAAUAGUAUUUCUAAAUAUGGACAACCAUAUGCAUUAGUGAGGGAACAGAAGGUAAUGCUCAGUUUCCUUUAAAACGAACUCUGUGUAAGACAUUCAGUAAGUGUUUUUAGGUCACCCUAGUAACACAACCGACAUUGCCAUAGUAGCAUCUCACAUGGAAAGACAGAUCACUCCAACCUCAGGAAAAGUCUAGGAAGAUCCACUUUCAUGCCAAAUAUACAUGAAUGAAACACACCUCAUACAAAUCCCUGAGAGGACUGAAGAUUAAAGAGAAACCUGUUCCAUUCAACUCAAGAGAAUAACCUCAGAGCCCUAACCCUUGGUUGCUAAUGGAAUGACAUCAGAAAGCAGCCAUCAACAGCAUCCUGCCAAUUUCCUAGACACCAGGGAGUUUUGCUAAAAGUUGCAUUAAAUGAUCUGUCAUCAACCUAA